AUCACUUCUUCUUCUCUUCACUCUUCCACUCUUCUUCACCUCUUGCACCUCUUGCGACCCCCUAGACACCUCCUCCUCUCUCCACAGGACACCUUCUAGACACCUCUAGAUACAUAGAACCACCCCUACCCCUCUUGACAGCGAUUCCCUCCCGCAACGUCCCUUUCUUAUCAGUGACACCUUCCUUCCCUCCCGCGCAAUGGUCAAGUACACCAACGCGCCGGGACAGGCCCCUUCCGCGGAGUGGGUGCUGGAGGUCGCGCGCGCCGCGACGGGCGAGGACGAGUCGGGCGCAGACGAGCCCUUCCCCGAUGAGCUCGCCCCCCUCCUCCCAGCCAUAACGAAGUUCCUCACCACGAACCCGGGCGACACGCACUUCUUAUUCGAACGCGCGGUGGCCGGAAAGCCCAAGGUCGGAGGCAACGGCUUCGGGUCGGUGACGUGCAUGGAGGACUUAUGUUGGAACGACCACGUCCUGACCGCCGACCCCGAGCUGCCUGAUGGCGGCCGCGCCGCCGGCAUUGGCAGCUUCUACGAGUACUCCCUGCACUGCCAGGAGGAAAAGCAUGUCAGAUACCGCGAUGAGCGCUUGGCCAAGAUGGGUGUUGUCAUUCCGAGCGGCCAGGUGGCCAUCUUGCCACAGGACAUUGUUGGCGAGACUGAAGGCAACGCUGUUGCGGGUCCGAGCCGCGCUGUUGCGCCAACGUCGGCGCAGCAGGACGCUGCCAGGUAUGACAGUGAUGACGACAUCCUGCCCACUGCCGCGCCGUCGAGCAGCACCUUCAAGGCCACCGCGUCGAGCCCGACGCGCGCGACCUCUUCUGCGUGGCCAUCACAGUCGUCGUCCAGCGGUUUGCGCGACCACAGCAUCAACACGCUCGACUCGCUCCCUUCCCCGCGCGCGAGCAUAGACAAGGGCAAGUACAGAGCCCAGCCGGCAGUUGUCGACAGUGACUCGGACGACGAGAUCUUGUUCAUGGGCGGCAGCGGCCCGACCAAGAAGCGCCCUACCGCCACCCUUACGGUCUUGUCCGACGACGAGGACGAGGUAAAGCCAGCCCCUAGAUCGUCACAGAGCACCCCCUCCCAGCGCAAGUUCAAGACGGACCCUUCGCAGCCUUGGAUUCAAGUCUGGAACUCGUUGACGAUGAGCGAGAAGAUGAAGACGGUGUCGAUGGAGCGUUCAGAUCUCAAGAAGCGUACCGCGACUCUUACCAAGAACAAGGGAUUGAGAGCUCUCACCAGCGGCCAGAGGAUGGAGCUCAGUGACCGCUUGACCCACCUGAAUGCCAUUCUCCAGUCGGGAGGCGUCAAGUCGUGGACACCGCCAAGCGUCCAGGUGAUGGAGCUCGUUCACGUCUACAUCAUGAACCAGCGCCUCCGCGAGACCAUUCCCAACCUUACUUGGCCUGGAAAGGGCUCUACUGCGCCCAGCUUAGGCGACCUCGCGAUCCAGGCUACAGUCAAGCCCGAUCCUGCGACGAGGAUCCCAGGGAUCCCUACCCAGCCGGAGGCGGGGCCGUCGACAGCUGCAUUUGCAGUGCCUGUCGUUAGACCUGAUGGAGUUGUGCCCCCUCCCCCGGAGCUUCAGGCGGCCUGGAACGCGAUGGACCGCCCAAGCCAAGUGCAGCAGUGUGAGGCUGAGCACAGAUCGCUCUCCGCCUACUACGCCACCUUGAUGAACCCUAUUGUCCAUGGUCCCCUCCGUCAGUUCGUGGGAGACCGCAUGCUCAAGCUCCGCGAAUGGAUCCACUACAUCCAAAGUGGUCGCCCUGCCCAGUGGGAACCUACUCCCAACAUCCUCCUCAGGACCUUCCCCAACCUCCCGAGGAUCUUCCAGCCCCAGAUUCGUCAGGCAUUGCUUGGCCUCCCUGGCGCAUUAGGCCUUGCCGGUUUGGCAGGUAUUGCUCCAGGUGGCGAGGGUGCAGGUGCCAUCGACCCCGAAGAGUACAUGCCCGAGCGACCACUUGGCCAAGACCUGAACACGUUCCUCCAAGACUCGUUUUCAGACUUUAACGAAGACACCACCAUCGAGGAGGGUAUGAAGACCCUAGGGCUGGCCACACUACAGGACAAGCUUCCUGGGGCGCUGUUCUCCUUGAUGCCACACCAAGUUCUAGGGGUCGCUUUCAUGGUCAAGCGCGAGGAGAGCAGCAAGGCACCCUUCGGCGGUUUGCUCUGUGAUGCCAUGGGUCUGGGCAAGACUGUCCAGUGCAUCGCUCUCAUGCUUGUUCGUGACAAGCGUCCGUCAGACUUUAAAAGGUCUCCUCAGCUGGUGGUGGCUCCCGUCGCUGUCCUCGCUCAAUGGAAGCAGGAGAUUGAGGACAAGACGACCAAGAACAUCAAGGUGUUCAUUCACCACGGUGGAAGCCGCGCCAAGACGCCUGCUCAGUUGAAGCAGUACGACGUUGUGAUCACGACGUACGGUGUCGUCAAGUCUGAGGCCAAGCUCAAGAACAAGAAGCAGCGUAAGGAGGCCCGUGAGGCGGCACGCCAGCGCGACCGCGACUCGUUUGACGAGUCGGACGACGAUGACAUUAGGCCGCUACAAAAGGGCCCAUUGUUCCGCACCAAGUGGUUCCGGGUGUUCCUUGACGAGGCUCACGAGGUGAGGAACAAGAACACGAUUGGCGCCAAGGCGAUUAUGGACCUCGACCUCCUGCACCCGUGGUACCUGACUGGAACCCCAAUUGUAAACACUCUUUCGGACAUUGGCCCAGCCCUUCGAUUCAUCGGUGCGAUGGACGACGAGGAGUUCAGGAACCGCGUGGCCAGGAUUGAGAAGAAGAAGCCUCGUCUUGCGGCCAAACGUACCCAGGCUAUCCUGAAGCCUUUGAUGGUGAGGCGCAACAAGGACACCGAGAUCAACGGCGUUCGUAUCCUCAACCUCCCGCCAAAGACAACCGUGAUGGACCCGCUGGGCUUCACAGCCGAGGAGCGCGCGAUUUACUCGGCCCUUGAGCGACGUGCUCAAAUCAGAGUGAACAAGUUCAUCAAGCAAGGCACCUUGAUGAAGAACUACUCGGUUGUCCUCGUCCUCCUCACUCGCCUGAGGCAAUGUGUCAACCACCCGUGGCUGCUCCGCCGAGCACCUGGCGACGAGCGAGAGGACGACAUGAUGGUGUCUGACGACGUUUUCGGAGGCAUGGACCAAUACCGUUCUCAGGAUGCCGACGAGUAUGGUCGAGCCGUCGCCCUUCUCGGCGCGCCUGCCGUGGAGGCGCUGCGCCAAAAGCUCGAGGACCGCUACAAGGCGAUGACUUCAGAUGCCGACGGCCAGCCUCAAGACUUAGAGUGCAGCAUCUGUUAUGAGCCUUUCGACGGCAAGGAGGUCAUUUCAAGUUGUGGCCACAUGUACUGCCCUUCGUGCAUUACGGGCCUGUACGAGCAGCCACUCCGCGACGCCGCUGGCCUCACCGACGAACAAGCUGAGCGUGGCUCCCGCAACUGCCCAAUGUGCCGUGAGGUCCUUGAGAAGGGCCGGUUCUUCCGUGCGUGCGCCAUCUACAAUCCGCCGCCUCCGGAGAAGGACGAGGCGGAGGAAGAGGAGGAAGAGGAUGUCAAGCCCGCCGACCGCAAGCCUGUCGACCGCAAGGGCAAGGGCAAGAAGCGAGCCGUGAGUGAGAUUACCUGUGACCCGUCUGACGUUUCGAAGAGCGACACCAAAGACUUCUUUGAGAAGAAGCCGAAGCUCGAGAAGGGCAAGGGCAAGGCUGAGGAUGUUGACAGCGACCAAGACGAGUUGAUUGAGGAAGUGAUCACUCCGUCGACCAAGAUGGUCAAGCUUCUCGAGCUGGUCAAGAGCUACCUCGCCGAGGAUCCAAACGUCAAGAUCCUCAUCUUCUCCCAGUUUGUCCAGUUCAUUGACAUUCUCGGCGACUUCCUGUACCAGCACAACAUUCGCAAGCUCGACUACACCGGCCGCAUGUCACAAGGCGAGCGCGAGGAGGCGAUCCGCCGAUUCAAGAUGCCGCCCCAGGUCAACAGAUCCGUUCCUGUCCUGCUGCUCUCCACGAAGGCGGGAGGCGUUGGCUUGAACUUGACGGUGGCGUCCAAGGUCAUCUGCUGCGACUUGGCUUGGAACCCGGCUACAGAGCAGCAGGCAGUGGACCGCUGCCACCGUAUCGGCCAGAGCCUCCCUGUGCACGUUGAGCGCCUUGUGAUUGAAGAGACGGUGGAGGACCGCCUUCUGGAGAUCCAGAAGCACAAGGGCCUGCUUGCCGAUGGUGCCAUGGGCGAGGGUGACAUUGGCAAGCUGGGCAGGUUGUCGGUCGAGGACAUUCGCCGCCUGUUCGCUAUCGACCGUGACCACGCCCAGGAGGAUGACUAGGGUGCCGUCAUCGGCGUUGUUUCGGUCUUCAUGUUCCUUGCAAUUAAUUCAAUUGAGUACUGUAGUCGCUCGGUAGACUGUAGAAA